AUGACUCCGUCUGGUCUCCAGAACCCAUUCGAAACGAGCACUCUAAUGGCGGCCACCACUUUCAUGGUUUCGGUAAGUCCGAAUCUCAUCCGAAUCUGUAAAACGUAUCAUUUAGGUUGGUUCCUUUGGAUUCAUCUCCAACCUUCUGGCCAUGUUCGUCAUCUACCGUAAUCCAAUGCUUCAUAACACUUUCGGUCUCCUCUGUUUCUCCCAUUUGGUCUCAAAUGUCGGAAUACUGUUCUGUUUCUCAACGUGGCCAGUUGCCAUGAUCCUCAAGUACCGAAAGAAGAGCUUUCAUCUGAAAUGCGAAGAUUUUCAGGCAAGACAACGAUUUGGCCCAUAGCAUCGUCGGAAAACGGUUCGGUCAGUUCACGAUCAUCUUCUGGUGGAGCUGCAUUCUCGCGCACGUCGCCAUCUCCGUCAACCGCUAUGUUUCCAUCGUUUUCCCGAUCAAAGUGAGUAAUCUCCGAUUCGAGUUCUCCGAAUUGUCUUGUUUUUCAGUCGUACAUCUGGUUCACGGUUCCGAACACGAGAUAUGCCAUCAUUUGUAUCUGGAUAAUCGGUUUUGUAGUCACCAUUCCCUAUUUUUGGGGUACGUCAUCACGCUUUUUUUUCGGGCGGUUCGGUUCAACGAGCAAUUCAGAUGAGACAUGCUACGUGGCUUUCAACGCACACACCUUCCAAUGGACGUACGCCGAGUACCCGUGCGGCCAAUUUCUGUCGUUGUUGGUGGAAGUGAACAGGAACACUUUUAGACUCGUACACUUUCAGAUUCGAUUUCAUCGGCGGAGUCAUCUUUUGUUCGUUCGCCUUUCUCAUCGACAUGCUCACUCUGAUCCGUCUCCGCGUCGCCAACAAUGUACUAAAAACCCCCAACCAUCUAUAAAUGGAAGAUUCCAGUUGCAGACGUUGGGAGUCAGCGCCCAGACGGCAAUCGAGAUGACGAAACGUCGGAAGAACGAGAUUAGGCUUUUCGCGCAGGCCUUCACUCAGUGCAUCGUCUUCUGUAUCACUCUGCUCUCUUUCCACAUCUUCACUCUUCUCUCCGACAAUCUCUGGUGGCAAUUUGCGAUGGUCACAAUGAUCUGGAUAACCGCUCAUUCUCUGGACGGGUAUACUCGGAAAACUGUGCAUUUCAACAUUUAUCUUUGCAGACUAAUUGUUGUCUUGUUUCAUUUCCGUCUUUCUCUCUGCAAGAACAAGCGUUUGACGUCUUCAAUAAUGAAUUCUUCGACGAGUCGCGCCGUCACAACCAUCAUCGGAAAAUAUUAA